CAAAAGUAGAGGACGACAGUCAGAGUGUGUAAAGCUUGUGCGUUAAAUUUGGAGUAGAGAUUUGUAGUAGGAAUGUCUCUGGUCUUUCCGUCUUCGGUCGGUUUUGCGUGAAUACUUUUGCCAUUGGAUUAUCCUAUGAACGGAGAUGGCUCGUACAAAGCAGACCGCCCGUAAAUCGACCGGGGGUAAGGCGCCCAGGAAGCAGCUGGCCACCAAGGCGGCUAGGAAAAGCGCUCCGUCCACCGGUGGGGUGAAGAAGCCUCAUCGUUAUAGGCCGGGCACAGUUGCUCUACGAGAAAUCCGCCGAUACCAGAAGUCCACUGAAUUACUUAUCCGUAAACUACCCUUCCAGCGUCUGGUCAGGGAAAUUGCCCAGGACUUCAAAACUGACUUGAGGUUUCAGAGCGCUGCAAUUGGAGCUUUGCAGGAAGCCAGUGAGGCCUAUUUGGUUGGCUUAUUUGAGGACACCAAUUUGUGCGCCAUCCAUGCUAAAAGAGUAACUAUCAUGCCCAAAGACAUUCAGCUGGCCCGGCGAAUCAGAGGAGAACGUGCUUGAAAUUAUGCAUUAUGUAAAAUUUUCUCUAAAAGUUAAUUGUAUUUUGGAAUCAGUAUUUGAAAAUGAUAAUUUCUAAAGCAUUUUUGGACUGUAGUCUUGACUUGUGAAGGCUAGGCCAUGUUUCACAUUUUUGUUAGUAUUGACAGCAACUUGCAGCAUUGAAGUAGCAGAUCAUUUUGUAAGCAUUCCAUGACACUUGGCUCAGGUUUCAAAAUAAAACAUUUUGUAUCUUUAGUCUGUAAUGUUUUUAUAUCACACAAAUUGGGGAUGGGAACUGCAGACUUCGUAUUGCAGUUUUUUUUGGGGGGUAGAGGUUGUUUCCGCCGAGGUUCUAAAUUAAAGUUCACUACCUCAGCUAUGUCAAAUGGCAUUUCUUCAAAUUCAAAGUUUUAUUUUGAAAGGUGAAAGCUGUUUUGAAGAUCUGUAUUUAUUGCUCAAGAAGCUGUUGGUGAGCAAAGUUGUAACUUGCAGUCAGGAAAGUUUUUUUUAAAAAAAACUGUCCUGAAGAUUUUUUGACAUGAGUUAUUAAAUCUUUUUUUCCCCCCAGGGGGGCUACCUGACCUGGUGUUUUUCUAGCAUUUUCUAUUUUUAUUUCGUAUGAACUAAAAUAUUACACUAUCUGGAUUUCAACUAUUAUUGGCCAACACACACCCCAGCAUCCUUGCUCUAUAUGUCUAUCCUUCCAAAAUAUGAAGUACUCUAGAGAAUAUUUUAGGUCCCAGUCUUCACAUAAUCAAGAAUAUGCGUUUUAAACAUGUGUGAAGGUGGAAUUGAAAACUUAUAUAAAGUUGGAAAAAAUGGGGAUGGAAACAAUAGGCCAACCAAGAUAUUACUGUUAAUUAAAAUACCAGAUUUCUACUAUGGUUUUAUUUCUGGUAUUGUAUUCCCCAGUCACCUAUGAACAUUGUGAAGGGCCUGCUGAUGGAGCCAUACAAAAGAGUACACAACAAUAUUCCAGUUCUUGUUUUCAAAAAUAUAAUUACAGAAGUACUUCAGUUUUUAAAAAAAUCAACUGUUUAGAACAAUCACAAUGAUCGAAUGCAAAUGGUUCCUUUGUAUCACAAUUCUUACCUUUCCAUCUGACAGAUUGUUUGUACCAAUGAUUCCUGUGUUAGUUUUACCUGAUUAAUGUUGCUUUACAUAUCUAGAAACAUGCUGCAUUCCAGCAAUUAUGGUGUAACAAGAUGGAGGUGAGAAACAUUAACAUUACAUAAUUGCACAAUAAUGUAUUUACAGAUGGUAAAACAGGCUUUAGAUCAGAUGACAUGCAUAUUAAAGGACAAUAUUCAAAAGACUCACCUGCCUGUCUCCCAGAACAAAAGAAAACACCACCAACCACCUUCCACUCAUUCAGUACAAAUCCCUCUACCUCUUUUUGGGCUCUCAAUUAAAUGGACACAUGCUUCAAGUUGAAUAUAGAGUAGGAAACCAGGCUAAGAUGUAUUUGGCUUGUUGUUACCAUCUGCCCACAGAUACACAAGGGAAGUUGCAGUACUUAUGGUUGCAGGUCUGCUGAAACCUGCCAUGUCUCACUUCACUUCCGCCAUUAACAUGCUGUAGUUAAACUGCAAUAUCAGACUGAUAUUAAUAGUGCAUUAUUGUCAUCAAUAAUCAGAGAAUGUGAAGGGCUAAAACCUGAAACUACUCAUGUAGUUUAAAUGUUUUCUCCCCAAUGACUGCUCUGACAGGAGAACUCAGUUCCUCAGGCAAAGGCCUUCCCAGAUUAUUGAAACUUUAUAAAUAAGGUAUUAAUAGAAAUGUUCGGUCUCAACAUUGCAAAUUAGGACUAAGAGGUGAAAUAGUGACAAUUUUGACCUAGCUCAAAGAGACAAAGUAGCUGCUAAAUAAUACAAGUUAUGUUGGUGCCACAAAGACUUUAACUGAGUAACCACACACACAGAUCAAGGAUUAAAUGUGAACAACAACUGGUGUAGAAAUAGAUUGGAAUAAUUGAUGCAAACAGAAUAUAACUUUUACCAUUCAGAGACAGGUCAUUCAAUGCUUAGUUCUCAGUUAAUACUAAGCAGGAAGAAAAGCAUGAAGUGUUGUAUCUCUCAAAUUCUGCUUCUGAAAGAAUCUCAAGAACUUGGAUGGAAUAUUCCAACAAUAACAUUUCAACCUGUACAAAUUUAAACUGAGGUUCAGCCAGUGUGCAGUUAGAGGAAAUAAAAGCAGAAAAUGCUAUAAAUACUCAGCAAGUUGGGCAACAUCUGUAGAGGGAGUAACAGAAUUAACGUUUCAGGUCAACAAUCCUUCAUCAGAAUUGGGAAUAGUUAAAGAAAUUAAACAAGCCUACAUUGCAACGAAAGGAAAUGUCUCUAUCCCGCUAUUACCUAACUCCUAUAUUUAGACUCUUGCAUUCCUCCAGUAAAGCUUAACAGAAGUUAAUGGAACAGGAUCAAAGGAUACAUUAUAGGCUUCAGAACUCAAAAAUUUUAAGUUAAUCAACCAAUUCAAUGUUGGCAUCCUAUUUUUACUUUCAGCUUUUUUAUUUACAUCACUUCCAGACAUACCUUGCUAAUCUUUCUCACUCUCUAAGCUUGCACCACUAUUAUUGGUGUCUUUCACUCUCCCUUGGCUUCAACCAUCUCAGACAUUUUUGUCUGCCUGUCCCUCCUUCCCAUCUCUUCCACUUAAAACAGUUCAUUUUUAAUUUUAUUCAGUUGUAAUGGAAGGUCAUUAAUUUGAAAUGUUGUUAAGUUCUGUCUCCACGGAUGCUGUCUGAACAUUUGAAUAUUCCCAGUAUUUUCAGUAUUAUUUCGUCUAUCAAACCUCUGCAGUGAUUUGCUUCUGGACAGUAGUUACAUAUUGUGUUUUACCAUCUGUACAA